AUUAGUUAAUCGAGUCUUUGACUUGAAGCGGCCUAUAAUUAGUUUCAUCACACUGAGAGCCACUGCAAGCAGACUUCCACAGCCCCCGGAAUCUGAAAAAGAGAUACCACUUACAAUGGGUUGCGGCGGCGCUUUGUUGGCAGACCUUUACAACCCCAAUAUUAUUCACACCCCUUCACAAGCCCUUUUGCCCCCUUGUCUCUUCACUGACAAAAAGCACUCUUUUCUCUCUUCUCAAUCUCUCAAGUUCCAGAAGCAAUCUCAUUUUGGUUCAGUUAGAACUUGUGCUGUUCAAUUCACUUCUGCUGUCAGCAAUGGUCCAUCACCAUUAGCUGACAUUGACUGGGACAAUCUUGGAUUUGGCUUUUUGCCUACUGAUUAUAUGUAUAUGAUGAAAUGUGCCCAAGGCGAAACAUUCACUGAUGGUGAAUUACAACGGUUUGGGAACAUUGAAUUGAGCCCGUCUGCUGGAAUCCUUAAUUACGGACAAGGAUUAUUUGAAGGUCUUAAAGCUUAUAAGACUGAAGAUGGGAAUGUUUUACUGUUUCGUCCGGAGGAGAAUGGUGAGCGUCUGAGCUUGGGUGCAGAGCGCAUGUGCAUGCCUUCACCAAGUGUUGAACAAUUUGUGAAAGCUGUAAAGGAGACUGUUUUAGCAAAUGAAAGAUGGAUACCUCCUCCUGGUAAAGGUUCAUUAUAUAUAAGGCCAUUGCUUAUGGGGAGUGGUUCUGUUCUUGGUCUUGCACCAGCCCCUGAGUAUACCUUUCUGAUUUACGUCUCUCCUGUGGGUAACUAUUUCAAGGAGGGCUUGUCUCCAAUUAAUUUGAUUAUUGAAACUGAAAUGCAUCGAGCAACCCCUGGUGGCACUGGAGGUGUGAAGACAAUAGGAAACUAUGCUGCAGUUUUGAAGGCACAGAGUGCUGCAAAAGCCAAAGGGUAUUCUGAUGUUCUAUACCUGGACAGUAUAGAGAAGAAGUAUCUAGAAGAGGUUUCGUCUUGCAAUGUUUUUGUUGUAAAGGGUAAUGUCAUAUCAACACCUGCAAUCAAAGGGACUAUUCUUCCGGGAAUCACUCGAAAGAGUAUUAUCGAUGUCGCUCGUAGCCUAGGAUUUCAGGCCGAGGAGCGAAGGGUAACUGUAGAUGAGUUGCUUGAUGCUGAUGAAGUUUUUGUUACUGGAACAGCUGUUGUUGUAUCACCAGUGGGUAGCAUAACUUACUUUGGUAAAAGGAUAUCUUACGGAAGCUCCGGGGUGGGUGUGGUGACCCAACAACUAUAUUCUGCUCUCACAAGGCUACAAAUGGGUCUUGAAGAGGACAACAUGAAUUGGAUUGUCAAGCUGAAGUAGGUUUCCUCUAAAUUUGAAUCAUGUAGUCAAUUAUCCUUCAGCUUAGAUAUUGCACGGAGUCGAUGAAGGUUCUGUCUAGUAUGACAGUUACCACUAAGUUGUUUCAUUAUAUAGCAGUGUUAUAAAGGCUGAAAAUUUGGUUUCCAUUUUUACUGGAAUGAAUAAAUUAGAAUUCUUCUAGUCA